AAAACCCCAACUUCUCAUUUCAUUUUUCCACAGAACCCCUCUCUUCCUAGGUUUGUUCUCUUCCACCUUUACCCCUACCUCCCUACUUAUUUUACACUCUCACGCCACUGAAUUCGGGUUAGGGUUUCAAACAAACCAUUCAAUGGCAGCUGUCUCCGCUCCUAGAUCUUCCAAAACUGAGUCCUACAUCGACAACAAGCGGAAAGAAGACAUCCGCCAUGCCAACAUCAAGGCGGCGUGCGCGGUGGCUGACGCCAUCAGAACCAGUCUUGGUCCUAAAGGAAUGGACAAAAUGAUUUCAACGGCGAGCGGCGAAGUCAUCAUCACCAACGACGGCGCCACCAUUGUUAACAAGAUGGAGGUUCUUCAACCUGCUGCGAAGAUGCUCGUCGAACUAUCUAAAUCUCAAGACGCCGCUGCUGGUGACGGCACCACCACCGUCGUUGCCAUCGCCGGAUCGUUGCUUAAGCAGUGCCUUACUCUCCUCUCCUCUGGUAUCCACCCUACUGUUAUCUCCGAUUCAUUGCAUAAAGCUUCAAUUAAAGCUGUCGAUGUUUUAACUGCAAUGGCUGUGCCGUUAGAGUUAACGGACCGUGACUCGUUAAUUAAAUCCGCUAGUACGUCAUUAAACAGUAAAGUAGUUAGUCAAUAUUCAUCAUUGCUAGCUCCCUUAGCCGUUGAUGCUGUUUUGUCUGUUGUGGAUCCUGCGAAGCCUGAUUUAGUUGAUCUUAGGGAUAUUAAGAUAGUGAAAAAGCUUGGUGGAACCGUGGAUGAUACGGAGAUGGUUAGGGGUUUGGUUUUCGAUAAGAAAGUGAGUCAUGCUGCAGGUGGGCCUACACGUGUUGAGAAUGCGAAGAUUGCAGUUAUCCAGUUUCAGAUUUCCCCACCAAAGACUGAUAUUGAGCAGAGUAUUGUGGUUUCUGAUUAUGCACAAAUGGACAGGAUUCUGAAGGAAGAGAGGAAUUAUAUUUUGGGUAUGAUUAAGAAGAUUAAGGCUACUGGGUGUAAUGUGUUGUUGAUUCAGAAGAGUAUUUUGAGGGAUGCGGUGACAGAUUUGUCUUUGCAUUAUUUGGCAAAAGCGAAGAUUCUGGUGAUCAAGGAUGUGGAGAGGGAUGAGAUUGAGUUCAUUACUAAGACUUUGAACUGUUUGCCUAUUGCAAAUAUUGAGCAUUUCAAAGAGGAAAAGCUGGGUUAUGCCGAUCUUGUUGAGGAGGUUUCACUUGGAGAUGGGAAGAUUGUGAAGAUUACUGGGAUUAAGGAUAUGGGAAGGACCACCACGGUACUUGUACGUGGGUCUAAUCAUUUGGUUCUUGAUGAGGCAGAGCGGAGUUUGCAUGAUGCGCUGUGUGUCGUUAGGUGUUUGGUGAGUAAGCGUUUUUUGAUUGCUGGUGGUGGGGCUCCGGAGAUUGAGCUGUCACGGCAGCUUGGGGCAUGGUCAAAGGUGCUUCACGGGAUGGAAGGAUACUGUGUGAAGUCAUUUGCCGAGGCACUUGAGGUCAUUCCAUAUACUUUAGCAGAGAAUGCAGGAUUGAACCCAAUUACUAUUGUGACUGAACUGAGGAAUAGGCAUGCUCAAGGAGAGAUCAAUACAGGAAUCAAUGUGAGGAAGGGGCAGAUCACGAAUAUUUUGGAGGAGAACGUGGUGCAGCCUCUGCUUGUCAGUACAAGUGCCAUGACACUGGCAACAGAGUGUGUCCGGAUGUUAUUGAAGAUCGAUGACAUUGUUACUGUCAGGUAGAUUGAAAUUGAAGAUGAAAUGUGUUAGGCUAUCCGUGUUUAGUCGCUAGGCUGUCUUGAAUUUGUGGUUUGAGCCUCUUAGGAAUGGGGCUGUUUUUCCUUCAGGUUUUUCUUCCCCCGGGAAAAAUCUUAGUGAUGAGUUAUGGUUAAAGAAUUUUGUUGGUUGACAUUUGAUUUGUUUUGGGAUAAUUUAUUCGGAGAUUUUUUAUUUUUUGUCCCCAGCAUCUAGCCUUCCUGACUUUUGAUCUAA